AUGGAAGAAACAUCAGCUCAUCGACAAACCGGCCCUCGGCCGAAUUUUGGUAACAACGUCCAACCUGAAGGAAUCCCGGAAGACGUCUCCGAUGAUAAUGAGGUUCAAUCCAAUCGACCCAAUUUCAAUAAGUGCAGACCUCGUGCGGUUUACAACCUUGAGGCCGAGCAUAAUUACAAUCUGAUUUACCGCCCUGCGGAAGCAGCGGAAAAUUCGAAAUUCAUCAUGGAAAUCGCUCUCGCGCCACUUGAGAAAGCGAAAUUACCAUCUAAUGUGGGAAAGUUCAACGGGUUGAAAGACCCAGAUGAUCAUUUAAGAAUAUUUACAAGCGCAGGGUUGGUUGGGGGCUGGACCCUACCAUUAUGGUGUCGCCUAUUCGUACAGACCCUAACCGGCGCAUCAAGAAUUUGGUUCGAUAACUUACCAAUCGGAAAAAUCUCAUCAUGGAAAGAUCUGCGCGAAAAAUUUCUGACACAUUUUAGCCAGCAACGGCGUUCUAUUCACGAUACAUCCGAUGUAAUGAACAUUUGGCGUCAUGACGACGAAAGUCUGGAGGACUUUAUCACCAGAUACAACAAAGAAGUACUGGAGAUAGGCGAUGUUCAUGAGCAACUAAUUCACGCUCAAUUCAAAUACGCGGUUAGAUGUGAUGACAUGAUUAAGGUUUUAUCAGGAACAGAAGGCCUCCCAAAAAGCUGGGAGAAGGUAAUGGCAGCGGCAAAGGUUUACGCUCAAACUGAAAAGAACCUUACCACGAAUAGGCCGCCGCCACCACAUAAUAGACCCGCGGACUUAAGCUCCACUGGCGGGAGGAAGUUUAAGAAAUCAUGGCGUGAUUCUGGCUCGGGAAAUCAUUCAUCUGAAGAUGCUCGAACAACGAUCAACAAACUUACUGCGCAGAGGGAGACCAAGCAGGAGAAUAGGGAGAGACAGUGGACUCCCUUAACGAAGACCCCGGCGGAAGUUUUGAGCACUGAAGACUAUCAGUUCAAACCCCCAGUUCCCAUGAAAAACAAGCGAGGACAAGACCCUGCCCAAUACUGUGAUUAUAACAAGGACAGUGGUCAUACCACUAACAACUGCAUUUCUUUGCGCACAGAAAUAGAAAAAAACCCUUAA